UGCGCUCGACCUCGCGCUUGCUAGCCCGACGCUGCCUAUCACGCAAGCACGCACGCUGACUUUUCUCGAUUUCGCUCGUUCGACAGCCCUUCCCAAGACUGUGAAUUGUUUUUGCAAAAAAAGAGAAGUGCACGCGCGAGUGACUCGAUACGAAUAAGCACCGAUCUCGCGACAGAUCGGCUUUUCACGCAAGGAACAGUGCGCGAGUGCCGUCGCCGAUUCAAUGCUUCCAAGCGAGUGUUAGCGAGUGAGCUGGUAAACUACAAAGGACCGAAGCUCCGAGAAUAAGGAGAAGAGAGAGAGAGAGAAACACGUGCAGGAGUGACGAUGAGAUCGUGACGAUCGUGCACAGAGUGAGAGAGAGAGAGAGUGAGAGAAGGGCCCUUCACUCGCGGUGCGCCGCGGAAUCUCUCGCCACAAUGGAGCUAAAGAGAAGACGAAGAAGCUGGCUGCUGCGGGUCGCGGCGCUCGUACUCCUCUGCUGCUGCAACGCGAACAGCGAAGCGCGCAGUAUCAGCAGUCUGGAGGCGCCACGCGGCUGCACAUGGCGCCACGAGGACGAGGACGCGCAGACCCUCGUGUGCCGGCUACGAACGAUGUCGACUGCGGUCAGCAUCCUCGGCAACCUGUCGAGCUUGCAGGCCGACAGCGUCAGCGCGCUGAGCCUCGAGUGCAACGAGGCGCUCUUCUACGAGAGCCAGCUGCAGGACUCGCUGAACGCCAGCAGCGGCACGGUCACCGGCGGCAGCUUCCUCGGCGGACUGCCGCGCCUGGAGCGGCUGCGCAUCGAGCACUGCAAGAUCCGCAAUCUGCCGGCCGGCGCGUUCGCCGCCGCGCCGGAGCUGCGCCGGCUGUCGCUGCGCUCGCACAACGGCGACUGGACGUCCAUCGCCAUGGAGCUGCACCGCGACGCGCUGCGCGGCCUGUCAGAGCUGAGGGAGCUCGACCUGGGCGACAACAACGUGUGGAGCCUGCCGGGCGAGUUCCUCUGCCCGUCGCCCGGCCUGGCGACGCUCAACCUCACGAGCAACAGGUUACAAGACGUGGCGUCGCUCGGCUUCGUCGACCUGGCGACCGCGUGCGCGCAGGGCCUCGAGAGCCUGGACCUGAGCGGCAACGACCUCAGCGCCCUGCCCGACCACGGGCUGAGCGCCCUGCGCGGCCUGGGCGUGCUGCGGCUGCAGGACAACGCGAUCGCCGCGGUGGGCGACCACGCGCUCGGCGGGCUGGCCAGCCUGCGCUCGCUGAACGUGUCGAGCAACCGGCUGGUCGCCCUGCCGCCCGAGCUCUUCGCCAAGACCCGCGAGCUGCGCGAGCUGGUCCUCAGCAACAACUCGCUGUCGGUGCUGGCGCCCGGCCUGCUGGACGGCCUGGACCAGCUGCAGUCGCUGGACCUGAGCAGGAACGAGCUGACGAGCCGCUGGGUGAACCGCGACACCUUCGCCAAGCUCGCGCGGCUGGUGCUCCUGGACCUGUCGUUCAACGCGCUGACCAAGGUCGACGCGCACGUGUUCCGCGGACUCGCGCAGCUGCAGCUGCUCAACCUCGAGCACAACCAGAUCGACACGCUGGCCGACGAGUGCUUCGGCGCCCUCGGCAACCUGCGCUCGCUCGCGCUCUCGCACAACCGGAUCGCGCGCUUCGAGGCGGCGCACAGCGUCGGCCUCGCUCUGCUCGACCAGUUCUUCCUCGACGAGAACCGGCUGCAGUACGUCCACGCGGACGCGUUCGCCAACCUGACCGGGCUGCAGGACCUGCGGCUGAGCGGCAACGGGCUGAGCGAGGUGCCGACGGCGGUGCGCGCCCUGCGCAACCUCAAGACCCUCGACCUCGGCAACAACAAGAUCGCCAACGUCAAUCACGAGAGCUUCGCCGGGCUCGACAAGCUGUCGGGGCUGCGGCUGGUCGACAACAAGCUCGAGAACAUCUCGCGCAAGGCCUUCUCCAACAUGCCCGCGCUGCAGAUCCUCAACCUGGCCAGCAACGCCAUCAGGCACGUGGAGCAGGGCGCCUUCUUCAAGAACAACUUGCUCAUCGCCAUCAGGCUGGACGGCAACCAGCUGACCGAGAUUCACGGGGUGUUCCGCAACCUGCCCUCGCUGCUCAUGCUCAACAUCUCGGACAACAAGCUGCUGUGGUUCAAUUACGGCGACCUGCCGCAGAGCCUCGAGUGGCUGGACAUGCACUCCAAUCAGAUCAGCGACCUAGGCAGCGACUUCUCCGGCGACGGCCGCGAGGAGCUGCGCAUCAAGAAGCUGGACGCGAGCUUCAAUCGCAUCGAGGAGAUCUCCGAGAGCUCCGUGCCCAACAGCGUGGAGAAGCUCUACCUGAACAACAAUCGCAUUCGCACGAUCGCGCCAGGUACCUUUAUGCGUAAGACCGCCCUGAAGAAGGUCGUGCUGUACGGGAACGACAUGCAGCACCUGGACGUGGCGGCCGUCGAGCUGCAGCCGGUGCCGAGCGACCGCGAUCUGCCGAUGUUCUACAUCGGCAACAACCCGAUUCUGUGCGACUGCACGAUGGAGUGGCUGCCGCGGAUAAACGAGCUCUCGCGCAUGCGCCAGCAUCCGCGAGUGAUGGACCUCGACGCCGUGACCUGCGACAUGGUGCACGCGAGGGCGGCGCCCAAGCGUCCGCUGCUCUCCUUGAAGUCCAAGGACUUCGCGUGCCGCUACCAGAGCCACUGCUUCGCCAUCUGUCACUGCUGCGACUUCGACGCCUGCGACUGCGAGAUGACCUGCCCGGACAACUGCUCGUGCUACCACGACCACAGCUGGUCGAGCAACGUCGUCGACUGCUCCAACGCCGGCUAUCGAUUCGUGCCCGAGCGCAUCCCGAUGGACGCCACGGAGAUAUAUCUCGACGGCAACGACCUCGGCGACCUCGGCAGCCACGUCUUCAUCGGCAAGCGCAAGCUCGAGGUGCUGUUCCUCAACAACAGCGGCAUCUCGGGCCUGCACAACCGCACCUUCAACGGCGCCGAGUCGCUCAGGGUGCUGCAUCUCGAGCAGAACGCUCUGCGCGAGCUCAAGGGCUUCGAGUUCGACCAGCUGGAGCAGCUGCGCGAGCUCUACCUCGACCACAACGCGAUCGCCGCGGUGGCCAACACGACGUUCCGCAAAAUGAAGAGCCUGGAGGUGCUGCGGCUCGACAACAACCGCAUCGUCGACUUCAAGCCGUGGGAAGCGGUGGCCAGUCGCGAGGCGAGCGUCUCCCUCGAGGGCAACUCCUGGAGCUGCGACUGCAGCAACGCCGCUCGGCUACGCGCCUGGCUGUCCGAGCACCUGGCCGACGCGGCCGACCGCAUGUACUGCCACGGCGGCGUGGAGACCAUCGCCCAGGCGAUCGAGCGCUGCGGCGACCCGUCGACCGAGGCCGUCAGCAUCGGCAUCCACAAUCCGGCCAUCAUCGGCGGCAACUUCGUGCCGCUCCUCGCCGCCGCCCUCGUCGUCGUCAUCGCCGUCUGCCUGGUGAUCGCGCUGGGCUUCGCCUUCCGCCAGGACGUGCGGCUGUGGGCGCACGCUCGCUACGGGCUUCGCCUCGGCAAGAUGUCCUCCAGCCCGCCGGAGGAGGAGCGCGACCGGCUCUACGACGGCUACUUCGUCUACCACGAGCGCGACGACGAGUUCAUCUCGCGCUACCUCGCGCCGGAGCUCGAGCAGUCGGGCCUGGCCUUGUGUCUACACUGGCGGGACUUGCCACCCACCAGGUCGCAGGACUCGCUGCUGCCCGCGGCCUCGGCCGCCAGGCGCAUCGUCAUCGCCCUGUCGCCGCUGUUCCUCGCCAACGAGUGGCAGCAGCCGGAGUUCAGGGCGGCGCUGCGCGCCGCCCUCGACACCAUCCGCCCGGCCUCGCGCAGGCGCCGAGUCAUCGUUCUGCUGGCCACCGAGAUCCCAGCCCCGGAUCCCGAGCUGCAGCUGCUGCUGCAGACCUGCACGGUCAUCGUGUGGGGCGACAAGCGCUUCUGGGAGAAGCUGCGCUUCCACAUGCCCGACUCGGCGGAUAGCGGCAAGCGGCCGGGUAAGAGCGCCGGCCACGCCAGCAGCGCCAUCCCGGCGAGGUACUCGGCGGCGCCGUCGGUCGUCGUCGACGCCUGGUCGAGCAAGCCGCCGGUCGCGCCGCCGGCCACCAUUCCCGCCCCGCCCUCGACGGUAGUGCAGAGCAGCAGCGGCUGCAGCAGCGCCGCCGCCAGCAGCGUCCUCGUCGCGCCCUUGCACGCGCCGACGCCGACACCGACGCAGUCCACUUACGUGAGCUCGGCGUCGAGCCGCACCGAGGACGAGGACAGCGGCCACGAGCAGCACCAUCACCACCACCAUCACCACCACCACCACAUGCAGCAGCAGCAACAGCAGCAGCAGCAGCAACUGCAGCUGCACAAUCAGCAGCUCGCCAUGCAGCUGGAGCACCACCAGACUGCCGGAUACAGCGCGCUGCAUCCCGAGCUUGCCUCGGCUACCAGCCAGCGGCCCCCCAGCGUCACGUCCAGAAGCAGUCACCUCUACAGCACCAUCCCGGAAAUCGUGCAGACUAGUCCCUACGGCAAUGCCCAUCAAAUGCCCAUGGGUCCGCGUACUUAUUUCGUUUAGGCAACGCCAGUGAUUGUUUUUUUCCGCGUGCGCGACUCCUUAUUUAUUUAUAAUUGCCAGCUUAACGAUUAAAACGCGAUCUAGGCAGAGAGAAAGUGUGUCGGCGAUACGCAAGUCGCAAACGUUUUGCGGUAGGUCGUUCGCGGGGCCCUCGGAACUACGAACUCUUUUUUAAGACUGUUGUUGCGAAAGAAAUUAAGAGAAGGACUUUGUAAAUAUAUAGAUAACGAAACGCGAUUGAACGAAGAAAGUUGUGAAGUUUCAUAUAGGCAUCGACGAUUAUGUAUUUAUUACUUCGCGAAGGAUUGCGCCGUUCUACACUUUUUUGUUUCUGUCUAAAAGUCUUCUUUUUAUUCUCGAAGGCGAGAACCGUGCCAUUUCCACGAGAGCAGGCUCCUCGAAAAUCAGAACCAUAAGCGUUUAAACGUACGAGGCGAAGGAGGAAGAGAGAGAGAGAGAGGUGGAUCCUCUCGUUACGAACUUUCACGUCGUUUUGUCGAGUCAUCAUCGCUCUCUCGUUGAUACUAUUAAACGUGACGCGCUGCUCGAAUGCAUUCCUCGGGUUCUCGCAUAUCAUUGUAGAAACAAGACUGUGUGUUACUCUCCGGAGCCUGCAGGCACAAGGGCCGUGUAACGCUAUUUUUGUUUCGUCCUCUCGUCGCUUGCUCGUCGCCCCAUUUUUUUCUUCUUGUUGUUUGCUCCCGUAAGCGAACACAGCCUCGCGCCAGCGUAAUCCUAUAAUUCUGUCUUUUUUUUUAUUCUCUCACUUUUAAUGUCGCGCCAAAUCAAGAUCGAAUAAUCAUUAAAGCGGCGAAUCAAGCGCGAGAUCUCUCGUUCCUAAGACUAUCGUGUAGCGCCCAGCGUGUCCGUGUAUCUCUCACGCGCGCACAAGCACACACAGUUCCACACAUGCUAUACAAACACCAUCCGGUCGACCACGAUCGACCAGAGUCCUUUAUCUCUAGAGGCGCUCGUUACUUCACGCUUACUA